AUGUCCGCCGGCCCAUCCACCCCAGCGCCCUCAACAGGAGGAGCGGGAGGAGGAGGAGGAGGAGGAGGAGGAAGCUACCGCCCGUCUCCCCAGUCCAGCUCCUCAGGCCUCUUCAGCUCGUUCUGCUCCUCUCGGUCCAGCCACCACGCCGGUGCCGCCGCCAACCAGCCCCUCUCGUCAUUCACGCCCGCCAUGCGCGACCGCCAGGCCCGCGGCAAGGACCCCUACCGCACCAACCACGACGCCGUCCCGGCCUCCGGGUACGACGACGACGACGACUACGACGAGGAUGACGAGGACGAUGAGGAGGACGACGACUCGGAUUACUCCAUGUACGGCUUCUCGGCACGGCGCGGUCCAUCGCGGCGCCAGCACCAGCACUACCUGCAGCAGCAGCACUUCCCGCAGCCGCAACAGCAACGGCACCAGCCGGACCAGCAGCCCUUCGCGCAGGCCGAGAGGAGGCGCAACGCCAUGGCCGUGCUGGACAGCCCCGAGCUGCUGAUGAUGUACGCGCAGAGCCGCGGAGACAGCAUCCCGGCCACGAGGCUGCACUUCAUGAAGAUCAUGUGCGGCUACGAGGAGGAGGAGGAGGCUUCGGCGCAGCAGCCACAGGCCCCGGCUAGGACCGCCGUGGCCGCCGGAUUUCGGCGGAGCGACGUCGGCACCAGGAAUGUUCACGCCUAG